AUGUCUUCCUGGCGUGGUCCUGUCCAAUGGGGCGUGGUCCUGUCCAAUGGGGCGUGGUCCUGUCCAAUGGGGCGUGGUCCUGUCCAAUGGGGCGUGGUCAUGUCCUAUUGGCUGUGGUCCUGUCCUAUAGGGCGUGGAUGCAUAAACGAUGGUUUCCUUUUGCAGAUCUCCACACUAAGGCGCCAGGGACGGACUGUGUACCCCACGGUGCCCGAGAACGCAGAGGGGCGGGCCCAGAGUCUGUUCGUCCAGGAGUGCAUCAGGACCUACAACUCAGACUGGCAUGUUGUCAACUACAAGUAUGAGGACUAUUCCGGGGACUUUCGGCAGAUUCCAAACAAAGUCUCCCGACCAGAGAAGCUGGCCGUCCACGUGUUCGAGGUGGACGAGGACGUGGAUAAAGAUGAGGACACGGCGUCGCUGGGAUCCCAGAAGGGAGGCAUCACGAAGCACGGCUGGCUGCACAAAGGCAACAUGAACAGCGCCAUCAGCGUCACCAUGAGGUCCUUCAAGCGGCGGUACUUCCAUCUGACCCAACUGGGCGACGGCUCCUACAACCUCAACUUCUACAAGGAUGAGAAGAUCUCCAAGGAGCCCAAAGGAACCAUCUUCCUGGACUCCUGUAUGGGCGUCAUCCAGAACACCAAGGUGCGGCGGUUCGCCUUCGAGCUGAAGAUGCAGGACAAGAGCACCUACCUGCUGGCGGCGGAGGGGGAGGGCGAGAUGGAGGAGUGGGUGGCCACCCUCAACAAGAUCCUCCACAGCAGCUUCGAGGUCGCCAUGCAGGACAAGAGGAACGGGGACCUCCACGACGACGACGAGAUGGGGAAGUCGGACAGCUCCUCUGGGAGCAUGGACAGCUUCCAGAGCGCGCGGGACAUCGAAUCCAAGAUGAGGAACGAGACCAGGUUCAAGCUGUUCACCCUGGACCCCGACACGCAGAAACUGGACUUCUCGGGGAUCGAGCCGGACGGGAAACCGUUUGAGGAGAAGUUUGGGAAGCGCAUCCUCGUGAACUGCAACGACCUCUCCUUCAACCUGCAGAGCUGCGUGGCGGAGAACGAAGAGGGGCCAACCACCAACGUGGAGCCGUUCUACGUCACCCUGUCCCUGUUCGACAUCCAGAACAGCAGGAAGAUCUCCUCAGACUUCCACGUGGACCUCAACCACCCCUCCGUCAGGGGCAUGCUGCCCAAUAACGGCAGCCACUACAUCAACGGGGGCGGGGACUCUGUCCACGGAGCGCAGCGAUUGGUCCACGGUGUUCCCGAGGCGGCCAUGCAGUACCCCAGAAAGGGGGUGUUCUCGGUGACCUGCCCCCACCCGGAGAUCUUCCUGGUGGCGCGCGUGGAGAAGAUCCUGCAGGGAGGGAUCACCCACUGUGCAGAGCCCUACAUGAAGAGCUCCGACUCCACCAAGGUGGCGCAGAAGGUUCUGAAGAAUGCCAAGUGGGCGUGCAACCGGCUGGGGCAUUACAGAAUGCCUUUUGCCUGGGCAGCGAGGCCUCUGUUUAAAGACGCUUCCGGGACGCUGGACAAGAGUGCGCGCUUCUCGGCGCUGUACCGGCAGGACAGCAACAAGCUGUCCAACGACGACAUGUUCAAACUGCUGGCCGACUUCAGGAAACCUGAGAAGAUGGCCAAGCUCCCGGUGAUCCUGGGGAACCUGGACGUCACCAUCGACAGCGUGGCUCCCGACCUCACCAACUGCGUUACCUCGUCCUACAUUCCCGUGAAGUCGUUCGAUAACGGCGAGAAGGCCAACAUCCUGUUUGAGGUGGAGGAGUUUGUUCCGAGCAUCGCUAAGUGCUCCCAGCCGUUCACCACCUACAACAACCACCUGUACGUGUACCCCCGGCAGCUCAAGUACGACGGGCAGAAGGCCUUUGCCAAGGCCAGGAACAUCGCCGUGUGCAUCGAGGUCAAGGACUCUGACGAGGAGGACGCUCUGCCGCUGAAGUGUAUCUACGGGCGGCCGGGGGGGCAGCUGUUCACCAAGAGCGCCUUAGCUGCAGUGCUCCACCACCAACACAACCCCGAGUUCUACGACGAGUUCAAGAUCGAGCUGCCGACCCAGCUCCACGAGAGGCACCACCUGCUCUUCACCUUCUACCACGUCAGCUGUGACAGCAACAGCAAGGCCAGCACCAAGAAGAGGGACAUGGUGGAGACCCAAGUGGGCUACGCCUGGAUCCCCCUGCUGAAGGACGGCCGGAUGAUCAUGAACGAGAGCCAGGCCUCCGUGGCCUCCAGCCUGCCCGCCGGCUACCUCAGCGGCCAGGACGGAGCCACCAAGCACUCCGGCCCUGACGUCAAGUGGGUGGACGGAGGCAAGCCGCUCUUCAAGGUGUCCACUCACCUGGUCUCCACCGUGUACACCCAGGAUCAGCAUCUGCACAACUUCUUCCAGCACUGUCAGAGCGCCGCAGCCCAGCCGCCCACGUCUGGGGGGGAGCUGGUCAAGUACCUGAAGAGUCUCCACGCCAUGGAGAGCCACGUGAUGAUCAACUUCCUGCCCACCGUGCUCAACCAGCUGUUCAGGGUUCUGACGGCGGCCUCCAACGAGGAGGUGGCGGUCAACGUCACGCGAGUGAUGAUCCACAUCGUGGCUCAGUGCCAUGAGGAGGGGCUGGAGCACUACCUGAGGUCCUACGUCAAGUUUGUGUUCAAGACGGAGUCGUUCACGGCGUCCACCACCGCCCGGUUGGUCCACGAGGAGCUGGCCAAGGCCAUGACGGCCAUCCUGAAGCCGUCCACAGACUUCCUCACCAGCAACAAGCUGCUGAAGUACUCCUGGUAUUUCUUCGAGGCGCUGGUGAAGUCCAUGGCCCAGUACCUGAUCGAGAGCGGUAAAGUGAAGCUGUCGAGGAACCAGCGGUUCUCGGCGUCCUUCCACCACACGGUGGAGACGCUGGUCAACAUGAUGAUGCCCCACGUGACCCAGAAGUACAAAGACAACCUGGACGCCGCCCGCAACGCCAACCACAGCCUGGCCGUCUUCGUCAAGCGGUGUUUCACACUGAUGGACCGAGGCUUCGUCUUCAAGCAGAUCAACAACUACAUUCACUGCUUCAUGCCCGGUGACCCCAAGACCUUAUUUGAGUUCAAGUUUGAGUUCCUGCGCGUCAUCUGCAACCACGAGCAUUACGUCCCCCUCAACCUGCCCAUGCCCUUCGGCAAGGGGCGGAUACAGAGGUUCCAAGCUUUACUAGCGCCUAGCAUGGAGGCCUUUGACGCUCCAGUAGACCUCCAGCUGGACUACUCCCUGACGGAGGACUUCUGCCGGAACCACUUCCUGGUUGGGCUCCUCCUCCGGGAGGUGGGCGGGGCCCUGCAGGAGUUCCGGGAGAUCCGGGGGAUCUCCAUCCACGUACUCAAGAGCCUGAUGAUCAAGCACACCUUCGACGACCGCUACACCAACAAGAGUCAGCAAGCCAGACUAGCCACUCUCUAUCUGCCCUUGUUUGGCCUGCUGCAAGAGAACGUCAACAGACUGAACGUGAAGGAAGUCACCCCAUUCAGCGUCAACCACUCCAACAACAAUGGCAGAGACGAUAACCUUUCGGGCAAUGCCCUGAUGACCCCUCCCAGGUCCAGCACUUUUCUGGACAACAGUUUACACAAAGAUGUGUUUGGAGUCAUCUCUGGCACUGCCUCUCCUCACACCUCCUCCACCCCCAACAUCAACCUGGUCCGCAACGCCGACUCGCGCGGCUCCCUCAUCAGCACCGACUCCGGCAGCAGCCUGACGGAGAAGCACCACGACAAGGCCAGCUCCCUGGACAAGAACCAGCCGGCCUCCACCCUGGGCAGCUGCCUGCUUCGCAGUGACAAGCUGGAGCAGGCGGAGAUCAAGAACCUCCUCAUGUGCUUCCUCCAUGUCCUCAAGAGCAUGUCCGAAGAUGCUCUGUUCACCUACUGGAGCAAGGCCUCGGCGGUCGAGUUGAUGGACUUUUUCACUCUCGUCGAAGUUUGCCUCCAUCAGUUCAGAUACAUGGGGAAGAGAUACAUCGCCAGGAACCAGGAUGGGGGGGCGGGACCCGUUGCUCACGAGCGGAAGGCUCAGACUCUGCCCGUGUCCCGCAGCAGCGGGAUGAUGCAUGCCCGCUUACAGCAGCUCAGCAGCCUGGAUAACUCUCACACUUUUAACCACACCUACAGCCACUCGGAGGCUGAUGUGAUGAGCCAGUCUCUGCUGGAGGCCAACAUCGCCACGGAGGUGUGUCUGACCGUCCUGGACACCCUCAGUAUCUUCAUCAUGGGCUUCAAGACCCAGCUGUGCAGUGACCACGGCCACAACCCCCUGAUGAAGAAGGUGUUCGAGGUCCACCUCUGCUUCCUGCAGAUCAACCAAUCAGAGACGGCCCUGAAGCAGGUGUUCACCUCCCUGCGAACCUUCAUCUACAAGUUCCCGUGUACAUUCUUCGAGGGCCGGGCCGACAUGUGUGCGUCGUUCUGCUAUGAGAUCCUGAAGUGCUGCAACUCCAAGCUGAGCUCCAUCCGCAGCGACGCGGCGCACCUGCUCUACUUCCUGAUGAAGAGCAACUUUGACUACACGGGCCGCAAGUCCUUCGUCCGCACGCACCUCCAGGUGGUGAUCGCUGUCAGUCAGCUGAUCGCUGACGUCAUCGGCAUCGGAGGAACCCGCUUCCAGCAGUCCCUGUCCAUCAUCAACAACUGUGCCAACAGCGACCGCACCAUCAAGAACACGGCGUUCCCGUCGGACGUCAAGGACCUGACCAAGCGGAUCCGCACGGUGCUGAUGGCCACGGCGCAGAUGAAGGAGCACGAGAGGGACCCCGAGAUGCUGGUGGACCUGCAGUACAGCCUGGCCAAGUCCUACGCCUCCACGCCCGAGCUCCGCAAGACCUGGCUGGACAGCAUGGCCCGCAUCCACGUCAAGAACGGGGACCUGUCCGAGGCGGCCAUGUGCUACGUCCACGUCGCGGCGCUGGUAGCAGAAUACCUCAGGAGAAAAGGGAUGUUCAAACAAGGCUGCACGGCGUUCCGCGUGGUCACGCCCAACAUCGACGAGGAGGCCUCCAUGAUGGAGGACGUGGGCAUGCAGGACGUGCACUUCAACGAGGAUGUUCUGAUGGAGCUGCUGGAGGAGUGUGCGGAUGGACUGUGGAAAGCGGAGCGCUACGAGCUCAUCUCUGACAUCUACAAGCUGAUCAUCCCCAUCUAUGAGAAGCGCCGGGACUUUGAGAAACUGGCCCAUCUGUACGACACGCUGCAUCGCGCGUACAGCAAGGUCACGGAGGUCAUGCACACGGGGAAGCGCCUGCUGGGAACCUACUUCAGAGUGGCCUUCUUCGGCCAGGGAUUCUUUGAGGACGAAGACGGCAAGGAGUACAUUUACAAAGAACCCAAGUUCACUCCUCUGUCGGAGAUCUCCAUGAGGCUGCUGAAGCUGUACGCUGAGAAGUUUGGACAGGAGAACGUGAAAAUGAUUCAGGACUCAGGGAGGAUCAACCCCAAAGACCUGGACUCCAAGUUCGCCUACAUCCAGGUGACCCACGUGAGCCCCUUCCUGGAGGAGAAGGAGCUGACGGACCGCCGGACGGACUUCGAGAGGAGCCACAACAUCCGCCGCUUCGUGUUCGAGAUGCCCUUCACCGUGUCGGGGAAGAAGCAGGGCGGCGUGGAGGAGCAGUGCAAGCGGAGGACCAUCCUGACCACGACACACUGCUUCCCCUACGUGAAGAAGCGCAUCGCGGUGAUGUACCAGCACCACACAGACCUGAACCCCAUCGAGGUGGCCAUCGACGAGAUGAGCAAGAAGGUGGGCGAGAUCCGGCAGCUCUGCUCCUCCAGCGACGUGGACAUGAUCCGCCUGCAGCUCAAGCUCCAGGGCAGCAUCAGCGUCCAGGUGAACGCCGGACCACUGGCCUAUGCCCGCGCCUUCCUUGACGACGCCAGCACCAAGAAGUAUGCAGACAACAAGGUCAAGCAGCUCAAAGAGGUGUUCAGGCAGUUCGUGGAGGCGUGCGGCCACGGCCUGAGCAUCAACGAGCGGCUGAUCAAGGAGGACCAGCAGGAGUACCACGACGAGAUGAAGGCCAACUACCGCGACCUGGCCCGCGAGCUGUCCGCCAUCAUGCACGAGCAGAUCAGUCCGGUGGAAGACGGGAUGAAGAGCGUCCUCCCGGACUCGCUCCACAUCUUCAACGCCAUCAGCGGCACCCCGACCGGCGCCGCCAUCCAGGGGGUCCCCUGCACCUCCUCCGUGGUAUGACCCCCGCCCAGGGGACCCCCCACCCGGCCUGGGGACCCCGUCGGGCCGGGGGGGGGGGGGGGGGGGCGCCCGCUGCCUCCGCUCCUCUGCUCUUCGUGAUCCCGUCAACGGUUCUCCUUCGGACUGUCUGGUCGGACAGCGGUUCCAUGAGGAUGGAAAUUCACACUCACACACACGCACAAACACACACACACACACACACACACACACAGACAUACACACAAACAUGCACAUGCAUACACAUGCACGUAGAUACACAUAUACACACAUACACAUCCACACACACAGAUACACACACACACACACUAAGGAGUUUGGUCGCUGUCGUGGGAUUGGUGCGAUGACUUGGUGGGCUGUGAUGGAGGACGUGACCCCUGACCCUAGGAGAGGUGAAGGGUCAUCGUCUGGAGAUGAUAAGGGGACUAGGACAGGUCUGCGGACUCGCUCCCUAACGGCCAGGUGAACAGGUCUCUGCUGAUUGGUCCUGAACUAUGUACUCCAUCGCCUCCUCCAAAGACGUUCCUCUGGGAAUCUGAAGCAGAACAGACAACAGUAUAUGCAUCCCCUCGUUUUACCUGUGUUUGUUUUGAUAAGGCGUAUGUAUUUUGUAUGUACAGUAUUUCACUUUUUUCUAAGUAUCUCUGUUGGUUUCCUGAUGGACCGUGUAUGCUGAGUACACUCAUUUCCCCACACACUACGUUACACACAUGUAAAAGAGCCUCCUGUGAACAUAUUAACAUUCAACCUUAAUCACUUCAAUGUCUUAGAGCGGAAAGUUUUUUUUAUAUUUAAGCCAUUGCAUACACUCAGUGUAUUCAAACCUGUUCAUUCUUGUAUAUAUAUAUAAAAAAAGGAGUGUGUGCAAUAUUUGUCUUUGGCAAAAUAUCUUGACUCAUACACUGAAAAGAGGAUGCAACCUUCUUGCCAAAGCAGUGAGGUGGAGUCCAGAUCUACUGGGGAGAAGUAUGAAGCUUUUACCAUUUUAGUGUUCAAUGAAAUGUUUAUAAGAAAAUAUAUAUAUAUCUUCUAUUUGGUAGGCAAUGCAUUUUUAUUUGUUUUUUAUUUUUUAUUUAACAGAAAAUCACUGUUCUGCUGUAAACUGCUCCCUAAUGCUUUUCUUUUAAAAUAAAAUCACUCAUAUUUCUGCACUUGUACAAA